GAUUUUGAUCACAUGACCCACGCUCGUCGCCAUUGCGCCGAAUAAACAACGAUCGGGAAGCUUCUUGUGUGUAUCGUUGACGUUUUUUCUCUUAUAAAUCGUGAAAUUAAAUAGUCAUAAUGUCGGAAAUGGAUUCAGUGAACACCAACAAUACUGUUAAUGAAGAAAAUAGUCAAAAUGAAAAAAUUUCUAAAGGUAGAAAAUCUAAAACCCCAAGACUAUCCACUAUUGAAAGAACAAGAGAAGAAAGUGAAGCUAUAACAAAGGGAUUAGGACCAGAAGUUGAAGGUAGACGCAGAACACGGUCAGCAGCUAAGGGUAUAACAGCUACACCACCACCACCAGCCAAAAAGGAGAAAAAGAAUACUACAACAAGCAAAAAAAGGGGAAAGCCCAAGCGAAAAGUAGUUUCAGAAGACAGUGAUUCCCUUGAUGAACAAACAAAAAUAGCGAAUGAAAGUGAAGAACAAGAAAGUAUUGAUGAAUCUAAGGAUAGUGCAGAUACAACUGAAACCAAUUCACAUGAUGACAAAGAAUCUGGCAACAAUAAUGCUGAUGCUUCUAAAGAGGAACCAGAAGCAGAAACAGAAAAAGGAACUCGUGCGCCAGCUGCCACUGAGAAUGGUGCAAAAGAGGACAGUGUUGAUGCUCCUGCUUCUGAAGAAGAGAAGAAAGAAGUGGAAGAGGAAAGUAAAAGUCCUACCGAUGAAUCUGAGUCUCCAAGUACUGAGCCGACAGAUGCUGAGAAACCUGCAGAAUAAGUAUUUUCCAAUUUUUAUUAUCAGCUCGUUUUUCUAUUCAUUAAAUCUACUGUAGGUUAAAAAGAGUUCUUUUUUAAAAAUAUCAUUUAAAAAAAAUGACGAUAAAAAAUAAUACAAAAUAUCAUGGAUAUAUUUGAUUUGUGAUUAAAAGUUGUAUUAAAAUUUUAAAAAACCUUUUUUGGGUUAGUUUGUAUGAGCUGCGCCAUGCAAGAUAAUUACUGUUAAUAAUAUAUUUUAUAGGUUAGGAGUCAUUCUUUUGUAAUUUUCUUUAUUUUGUUUUUACAAAAAUUAACUUCUCAUGAGCAUUUUCACCUUUACCUACAGACUAGUUUGAAAGAAUUGAGAGACAGCCGAAGUACAUAUAGCGGCAGUAUGUACCUGAAUCUCUUUACAAAAUGCUGUCAACUUUUCAUUUGCACCAAAAACUCAUUUAUACAAAUUUUUGAUUCCAGGUCUGUAUUUCUUUUACCUUUUUAGACCUUUUAUAUGUUUCUUGAUGUCUUGAUUUUGUCUCUUUUGAUAGAAAAUUAGUUUUGACUUAUGCCAGUCAGCUUAAAAUUGGCCAAAUUGUAAUGUAACAAAAAAAUCUGCAAUAUUCAUAAACUCAAUACUUUCAUUUUAAAAGUUAUUUGAAUCAUAUGAAUUGAAUAUUUUAUUAAGAAAGCAGAUACCACAAUUCUUGGCCUCGUCUAAUUAAUGUUUGUAAUUUAUAAUAUUUUUAUAUUUAUAUACAAUGUUUAUAUUCUUACAUACAUCGUUAUUCUAAAGGUGGGAAUAUAUAUUAAAAAUAGUAAAAUAUAACCCCACAUAAAUCACAUUUAAUACCAAGUUGCAAAGACUUUAUUUGAAGAAUCAAGAGUUUUACUUGCAAAUGAAAAGUUCCUGUUUUAUACCAUAUAAAAAAAUUUAGUAAUGUUUAGUAAACCAUAGAGUAAACAAUGUUACUUUACAAAUAAUUUACAUUCAACUGUUAAUUUCAAUUGUAAAUUACUUAAAUACUACCUAUUACAUCAUAUAAAAAUUGGUGAGUGGUUAUAUUAACAGCGUUACAUGUUUUUCUUAUUUCUGAUUUCAAGAUUGCCACCUUAGAAUUCACCAUUGGUUUUUUUAUUUGCACUAUUUCAAAAUAAUUUGUUUUGUUGAAAAAUAUAUGAAAUUAGACUACUUUAUGAUGUGUAAAAAUACAAAUAAGUUUAGUUUGUACAUGACAUAUUGUAUAUAAAAACAGAUGGCCAAGGUGUUAUUAACCAUUAUUAAAUCAUUUCUUGGCAUAAAAUUAGAUCAUCACAAAGGAUUCAGACCAUGUAAUUUUUGAGUUCUUAAUUCCUUCUUUAUUUGUAAAAUUUUCUUUGAAAACGUUUAACUAUUAGUAGUCAACUGAGUUGAAUGAAUGAAUAGGUGAACAUAAAUCAUUUUCAAUACCAAAAUAAGCCAGUUCUUAGUAACUGUUAGAAAAUGUAUGUCAAACUUAAAGGCAAUUUGGUCACAGAUUUGUUCUUUCGUAUUUUGGGACAGUUAGGAAAGAUGAUUCAAUGGUGUGUUUUGUACAGAGAAUAUUUAUUUUACUUGAUAGGAUUCUUUCUCUAAAGUUUUGAAACUAGACUGUUAUAUUAGAGAACACAUUUAUAAGUUAUUAGAGAUAGGCAGUAAUGCUACCAAGUGAAUAAAUAUUUUUAUGGUGUCUUUAUAAUUCUGUUGAUAAAUUAUAUUUUUAUUUCGUUCUGUUAGAGAAAUAGAUUUCUAUACAAAUUAGGAAAUAAUGGAUAAAGAGAAAAUGCCAUAAUUAAAAUUGUGGACAAUAUCCAUUACAUGAUCCUAAAGGCCUUACAAACAAAAUCUAAAUGUUGAAUAACAUUUAACUGAAAUAAUGUGAGGUUUAGGAAGCGUACACGUUCAAAAGGUAUGAUUUUGGGAACAACGUUUUUCCGAAUCGAUUUUUUUGGAUUAACAUACAAAAAUUAAUUAACCUUUCCCAGCGAUUUAACAAGCCUUAUUGGAUCUUGUUCUUAGACUACUCUUGCUUUGGUCAUUUUCUUAUACCAAGAAGUUGGCCAUAUUUCUGUAUAUAAUUUACAUUUUGAACCUGCUUCUAUUUUUUAGAAUAGUGCCAUUGCAUAUCUUCAGCAUUUUUUGUAAGUCAAUCCAUUCAACAUGUCUUCUUAUAUAAAAAAAGCAUUAAAUUAUAAUAUUUACUAUAUUAGUUUCUUGUACAAUACUCUCAAAGUACGAAGUUAUACUCAAUAUUCUGGUUCACCAUUUUGUCUUAUUGUGCCAUCAUAAAGUAUAAGUACUUCUGCAUAUAUCAUUUUUUUGUGUCAACUGUUGAUUUUUGGUAGCUUGUAUUUCCUCAAUAAUUAUGUUUUUGGGUGAAAAAAGUUCGGGAUAGCUGUAACACACAUACUUUAUUACUAACUGCUUAAUGAUUUUCUUUACUGCGAACGAUAAGAGGAUCAUAUAUUUCAUUGCAAUUUUUAUCUCUGUCAUUUGUGUGUUAAAUCUUAUUAAGUUGAACGUAAGGGAUUCUUAACGAGGUACAAAACAAUUCAAUUAAUGUUUGACACAAUGACACGCACACGUUUUUGUGUUCAUUGGCACUACCCACACGUUUAAAUAUAAAGAUUACUUUCAUUGGGCAAACUUUACAACUUUUUUUGUUUCAUUAUAAUAGUGAAUCUAUAAUAGAAUAUUUUUGAACGUGUACAUCUAAACUAACAUGAUUGCGAUCGUCUUAAAUCCCCUUAUUUGACGUUUCAUUAUUUCACUCUACCAUUAAUUCGCCAGUAAUUUAAAAAUUUUAUCACUUUAAAAUUUAAUAGCCUAAUUAAUUGAAAAAUUUUAAAGUUAUUUUUUAUUUGAUUUUGCCAAAUUUAUUUGAUAAUAACAUCCAAAUUGGUAGUAAACCAUUAAUAAUUUUCAUCUACUAAUAAAACAGUCGAAAAUAUAAAUUUUUUGGUAUAAACACGAUACACAUACACUAACUUGUCAGUUAAAAUUUGACACGCCUCGUGCAUGUCGUCACCCUGGAAACAGAAUGUUUUCUUGGCCAUUAAGAUAUGUUGGGGUUAUACGUAUUUACUGGGUUUUUGUGUAUUUAUGAUUUUUUUUUGUGUUCAGCGGCUAUUAUAGGGUUGAUCUAUAUAUAACCAUUAUUAUUUUAUUUUAAAACAUUUUACUUUCUAUUAUGAGAUCAUAAUGACGUCGAUAAAUACAAAAACACUAAUCGAAAUACCAAAGAAAAAUAUAUUAAAUACUUUGGUUUCCAAAAAAAAAGACUUGGCGAAACAGUGAAUAAGACCUGUUGGUCGAGAGAAUAAAAUUAAUUUGAAACAUGGUAAAUGAACGAAUAACCAUAUAAAUAAUACAUAUAUAGACAUGUCUGCAUCAAAUAUUACUUUUGGGAUCAAAAUAAAACUAUAACAUUUUGAUUCCAACGUGACGUCACGUUAUGUGAGAGAGAUGGCGCGUGCCUGCCUGCCUUAAGUAUACUAGUGUAUGUGUAUCAUGAGUAUAAAGACCUUAUAUUAUGUUUGUAUGAACUUUUGAAAUAAAUCAGUUUUCAAAUUGCGGGUUCAAUUUCUAAAGCAACUGAAUCCCUCCUUAUAUCCUCUUAAUAUUGGGCAAUUUACUUUUGAAAUAGCUGGUGUGUAUAGUAAUUAAACUAGACGAAUAGAAAGAGAAAAAAUUGUUUUACAGUAGUUAAUAUAUUUCUUUAACUUAACCUCAAUUAUAUUUACAUAUUCAUUCUUUUUCAGAUAAGAACUGAUGUAGAAUCAAUUCACAUACAAAAUUUUGUACGAGGUACAUCGUUGUUUAAUUAUGUUGAUUUUUUCCGUGCACUUGGCCGCUAAAGAUUUAAUUAAAAAAAUGACUUUAUUUUGGGUCGUUCUUUGUUUGUAUUUUCAUAGGAAUAUGUAGUAUCAUGUUUCUAUUUUGAUCGUGAAAUUGUCCUGAUUUUAUAUUUAUGUAAACUAAACUGUAUGUUUAAUUAAUAUAAAUGUGAAAUAAAUUUUCAUUACUUGGA